AUGGGUGCGGGAAAGUCGUUAUCAUUACCAUAUAAACAUCAUGAUAAUCAAACUAUUUGGAAUAGAAAUUUUCGAGUCGUUAUUGGAGAAGAAGACAUCGAUGAAUUACAACAAAAACAUUUGCAGUCGAAGGUUUUAAAAGAAAGUUCGACAUCAGUUUCAGUAUCAUCACCAUCAUCGAGAGGUGUGAUGUAUUUAAAAAAGAGCGUCCUUAUCGACUUACUCCAAAUAACUUUAGCUGAUAAACAGUACAGCACAAUAACACCGCGUCUAGAGUUUGAAACAUAUGCACUAGCUCAUGGUCUAUUUCAACACGCUCCAUACGGUACAAAAUUAGUAGAUGUUAAACAAAUAUCAGGAAAUUUAAAAAGACACCUAGUACAUUCCAUUUUAAAAGUGGAUGCUAUUUAUUAUAAAGAACAAGCAAAUGAUUCUUUAAACGAACAACAUACUCAAGCAAUAUUUGUUGAAAAUUUUUUAUUACCAAGAACAUCUUUACAAAAACAUGCAAAAGAAAAUAUUAUUGAUAUUUUACAAGGAUUAUUAGAUCGAAUUAUAAAUGAAAAUGGACAAUUAUUAUCGAUACUAUCAUUCUCAGACACACACAUACAAGACAUAAUCGAUCAAGUUGAACAAUUUACUACAGCAAAUAGAGAUUAUGUGAUUUAUACAAAACCAAAUAAUUUGUUAUUAUCUGAACAAGCUGUAACAAAUUUAUCGAUUCCAUCUAAAUAUGAGAUCAUAUUAUCCGAAUGGAGUUCAACAGAAACAAAGACAGUUUCCACUGAAGAAAGUAUGACAAAAGUGACUGAUUAUCCAACUGAGUGGUUACAACCGUUUAUUCAAUAUUCUAAAUUAGGCUAUCGUCUACGUAGUAUCAUUAUUCAUCGUGACAUUCAAUUACAUACACCACAUCUUACAACAGUUGAUAAACCAUCUUCUUUACGACAGACAUUUUCUUUUUUACACCAUAACAAUACGACUGAUAAUAACGAUGAUUCACUAACAAUAAAAAAGCAAACAUUUACCGCUUAUUGGAUAUUUGAACAGUGGCAAAAACAAGAAGAAUAUGAAUAUUGUGUCAUUGAAUAUUCUUUGAAACUUCGACAUAAAUUAAGCGAUCUUCUUGAAAAGAUAAAUUGUUCAGAAUUUUUAAAUACUAUGGCUAUGAAACAAUGGCAAUUAGUAACAACAGUCGAAUAUCCACAAACAAUUCGUGACGAUGACAAUAAAUUCAUUUUUAUAGUACUACUCUUUUUUCAACGUAAAAUAUUAGAGAAUUAA